UCAGCCCUCAGCCCUCAGCCCUCAGCCCUCCACUCUCCUCCCGCUCGCCGUUAGGGAGGUUCUGCGCCUCAGCUGCUGCCUCCGUCGCCGCUCCCGCCCCCUUUACCGCGUCUCCGCCGCCGCCACCACCGCCGGAGGGAUCAGAGGGUCGCUUACCGGGCUGGCCCCGCGCCAUAGUCGUCGCGUCAGCCUCCCGCCAGCAGCCGCUACAGGAAGAGGCUCCCGGGCCGCGGAGCCACUUGGGGCCUCAGUUCUCGCCCUCUUGCCGUCGCCGCGGGUCCUGGAGAAGUGGCCGCGGCUGGGGAACGGGGCUUCGCGGUUCCAACGAUUAACUGCUGAAGUACUGAUCGAGUUCUGCGUUUCUUCAAUGAGGAACUACAGGCUGAUCUUCUGCCAUAAUCUCAAACAGCCAUAAAUGACAAAAGAAUGCUUGCUCAGUGAGGGUAGCUGGUGCAGAAGCCAUUUUUUAAACUUAGGUGUUUAAGUACUCAGAGAAAAGACAGCUUUGAUUUCUGGCUGCAAAAAAGAUAUGAGGAAGAGCUCCUCCCCUUCCUUGAGUAACUGCAACUCCGUUCUUGCUAACAAAAUAUUUGGAAUUCCACUUGAUGAGCUGCAGCAGGGAGGACAUCCAGACAAUGAGGUUCCAUUCAUAGUCCGCCACGUUGUGGACUAUAUUGAGGAACAUGGAGGUCUGGAGCAACAAGGACUUUUUCAAGUCAAUGGAAAUGCUGAGACAGUGGAGUGGCUUCGGCAGAGAUACGACAGCGGAGAAGAGGUGGAUUUGGUUAAGGAAGCAGAUGUUCCCUCAGCUAUUAGUCUUCUUAGGUUUUUCCUUCAAGAACUUCCUGAACCUGUUAUUCCUGGCAGUUUGCAUAUUCAUUUGAUGCAGCUUUCUCAAGAUUAUAAUAACGAAGAUGAAUUUGGAAGAAAGUUGAAGUUCCUCUUGCAACAGCUUCCACCUGUUAAUUAUAGUUUGUUAAAGUUUCUGUGUAGAUUUUUAGCCAAUGUAGCAUCACAUCACGAAGAAAUUUGGUCUGCAAAUUCUUUGGCUGCCGUCUUUGGUCCAGAUGUCUUUCACAUUUAUACAGAUGUGGAAGAUAUGAAAGAGCAAGAAAUAGUGAGCAGGAUAAUGGUUGGACUUUUGGAAAACUACUAUGAAUAUUUUGAGAAUGAAGAGGAAGAUUUUUCAUCUAAUGAUUUGAGUUCAAUUACUGAACAGGUUAAUGAACUUUCUGAGGAAGAAGAGGAAGAUGAAAAGCUGGAACAUAUAGAAGAACUUCCAGAAGAGCUUGCAGAAAAAUCAAAUGAUGUGACAGAAGUGGUACAGUUAAGGAUGACUGAAGAUAUCCUGGAAUCAAAUAGUGUUACAGCAUCAACAAGUGCCCAUAUAACUCCCAUCAGCAUGUUACCAGCCUCUGCAGACAUUUUAGAAAGAACAAUUAGAGCAGCUGUGGAACAGCACCUUUUUGAUCUGCAGAGCAGCAUAGAUCAUGAUCUUAAGAAUUUACAGCAGCAAAGUCUGGUGUGUAAUAAUGAAGCAGAAAGUAUUAAUUGUGAUGGGGAAGGAUCUAAUAACCAGGUUGAUAUUGCUGAUGAUAUUAUUAAUGCCAGUGAAAGUAACAGAGACUGUUCAGAACCUGUGACUAGCACUAAUUUAGACAAUGAAGUUAUGCAGCAAGAUUUUGUAUUUGAGGAUGAAGAAAAUAACCAGUCCGUAGGUAUACUGUUAGAGCCAUGCAGUGACCAUGGUGAUACUGAAGAUGGCUGUCUUGAGAGGAAAGAAUAUUUGUUAUUUGACAGUGAUAAGUUGUCACACUUGAUUCUGGAUUCUAGUAGCAAGAUAUGUGAUUUGAAUGCCAACACCGAUUCAGAAGUGCCAGGAGAUCAAAGUGUUGGUGUUCAAGGGGAAGCAGUAUGUGUCCAAAUUCCACAUUUAGACCUGAAGAAUGUUUCUGGUGGUGAUAAAUGGGAAGCGUCAUGCCCUAUCACUUUUCCCCUCAUUGAUUUCAAAACAAUGCAUCUGCAGAGAGAUGGGGAGGAGCCAUUUCCUGCUUUUAAGUCUUGGCAAGAGGACUCUGAGUCUGGAGAAGCUCAGUUGUCUCCACAAGCUGGAAGAAUGAAUCAUCACCCCCUGGAAGAGGACUGUCCUCCAGUAUUAUCACACCGCAGUUUGGAUUUUGGGCAAAGCCAGCGUUUCCUACAUGAUCCAGAAAAGUUGGAUUCUUCCUCUAAAGCACUUUCUUUUGCUAGGAUCCGAAGAUCAUCCUUUAGUUCAAAAGAUGAAAAAAGAGAAGAUAGAACACCUUAUCAAGUGGUCAAGAAACUUCAGAAAAAAAUCAGACAAUUUGAGGAACAGUUUGAAAGGGAAAGAAAUAGCAAGAAUGAAGAUGCAAAACACAGUAGUUCUGAUGGAGAAUUUGUACCUCAGACACGUCCGCGUAGUAACACUCUUCCAAAAAGCUUUGGCUCUUCGCUAGACCAUGAAGGUGAAGAAAAUGAAGAUGAAUCUCGAGUCAUUCAAAAGGAGAAAAAACCAUCAAAGGAAGCAACCCUUGAACUAAUUCUGAAAAGACUGAAAGAAAAACGUGUUGAGAGGUGUCUUCCGGAAGAUAUCAAGAAAAUGACCAAAGAUCAUUUGGUUGAAGAGAAAACCUCUCUCCAAAAAAGUCUUCUUUAUUAUGAAAGUCAACAUGGAAGGCCGGUGACCAGAGAAGAAAGACACAUUGUUAAACCUCUCUAUGAUAGAUAUAGGCUUGUAAAGCAGAUGCUCACGAGAGCUAGCGUCACUCCUAUCCUUGGAUCUCCAUCUACUAAGCGAAGGGGUCAGAUGUUACAGCCAAUCAUAGAAGGAGAAACUGCACAUUUUUUUGAAGAAAUCAAGGAAGAAGAAGAAGAUGGUGUUAGUUUGUCCUCUGAGUUAAGUGAUAUCUUGAAAACUGCUGUACAGGUACACUCUUCUUUGGAAAACUCAGAAUCUGAUGUUGAAGAAAAUCAAGAAAAACUGGCUCUGGAUCUCCGAUUGUCAAGUACUAGAGCAGCUUCUAUGCCUGAAUUACUGGAACAACUAUGGAAAGCCAGAGCUGAAAAAAAGAAACUACGUAAAACAUUGCGGGAAUUUGAAGAAGCAUUUUAUCAACAAAAUGGAAGGAAUGCCCAGAAAGAGGAUCGUGUUCCAGUGCUGGAAGAGUACAGGGAGUAUAAGAAAAUAAAAGCCAAGCUUAGGCUUCUUGAAGUUCUUAUAAGCAAACAAGAUUCUUCAAAAUCCAUAUAAAGUGUGCUCCUUGAGAAUUCAUAUCAUAAAGUCAGUUGUAUUUCUUGAAGCUUAUCAUCGUGUAUACUUGGCUGGUACUUGUUUAUUUUGUCAGGCUCUCAGAGAAUCUCAUUUUUUACUUGGUUGUGAUGCCACUAAACAAAUGAUGGGAGGGUAAUGGGCCCUCUCUAGGCAUUAUUAAUGAUGUUGCCUAUUAACCACAGACUGUCCUCUACACCUUUAGCUGACAUACAGUUUCCUUCAUUGUUUUUUACUACAAAUAAAUCCUUUUAGCAAAAGACUAGGAUUUUAUCCUUUCAACUUCAAGAACUUUGGAAAUACAAGCUUUUUGUUAUUACCAACUUUUUGUUUUUCAUUACUGAAGAAAAUUGAGAGGAAUAUCUUCACACUGAAUUUCUUCGGUUGCCUUUUCUUACAGAAUGACUGAAAAUUUGAAAGAAAAGCCUAUAAAAGUGCACAUAUGGAACUAUGUUCUGUGUUUUCCUAGAGAACCAAAAUCAAACUGAAAUUUCAAGUCCUACUGUGGAACACCUUUCUGUUUAAUUCCCAAAGUGACACCUUACAGGUAGUAUGCUAGCAAGAUAUUGCAAUUCAGUGGUCACACAGCUCCUGGAUGAAGAUAACAGUGGGUAGACCAAAAAGUGACCUUGCUAUAUUGAAAAUACAUACUAUACAUCAUACACAGAACUGAAUCAUAUCACAUGCUGCCUAUGGGACUUAAGUUAUUCUUUGUUUCCUAAGUUACUGUUUAUCAGCUGAUGAUGAUGUGAUUUGUCUGGAGCAGAUCCUGUGCAGCCUCUCCACUCGCCCCCAACCUCCCCCACCUUCCACAUAAUGUGAGAAAAUAGCCAUGUCAGUAUGGAGGAACUCCGAUGGUGCUCAGAUUUGUGUGUUCAAUAGAUGGGCCUAAACUGGCAAAAUAAUUAUUUUGCCUAAAGCAAAUCUGUUCUUAACAAGGGCUAUACCACUGCAUUUUUACAUACCUUUAGAAGGUUGCAUCUUUUCCACCUACUUUUAAUCAGCAAAAUCCAUACAAAAAACACCCUCUGAAGGAACCACCUUUUGCUCUAUCACAUGCUGCUUAAAGCAGCUGUUUACAGGGUGUGUAGUGGUAUGCCCCUUGUCAUAUACUCUUAGCAUAUCCUUUUUCCUUUGCCUUUGCAUGGCUUUUCUUCAGGUACUCUCCUGGUAUCAUUCUGCUAAUUAUUUUUACAGAAUGGUGACUUCUUUUGUGCUAACAAUAUAAUAGCAGAUUUGGGUGAGACUUAAGCUAAGUGUUAAUUUUUUUUUCUGGUGCUUAUCUGGAUUGAUAACUGUUUCACUUUGACUGUACCCAUGUUUUGCAUGCAGUGACUCAUGCAUGGUUUUCUUAACUAAUAAUUAUACUAAUUUUUUCCAUAUAAAAAUGGAAAUUUGCAACAUCCUUUAAGGAUGAGGGAAGCAUGAACCUCAGACUUCUGGCACUAUUACAUACUAAGCACAUGAAGUAGCUUGUUAUUGAAUAGUGACUCUAGUACUUCACAUUUCACCUGUGUGUGCAAUGCCUUUUUUGAGGGGAGGGAAAAUCUAGUAGUGAAUGUAUAAUUGGGGAAUAAAAAAAGCACUAAAUCCAGCCCUUUUUUGUGUGGUUUCCUUUUGAUACAACUAGAUUAUCUAUCCAUAACGUAUACUUAGAAAAAUAAAAUUGAAAACACCGUAAUUGAAAUCACUUCAAUUUGAAUCCGUUAUGCAGUGUACAUUUCAAUUAAUAUCUUUUGUUCUCCAGACAGGAGUAUAUCCAAACAUCUAAUUUUAUGUGCACUGUGUAUUUUAUAUGAAUGUUUUAUUUUAUAUACCACAUUGCAAAAAUGUCCAUAUGCACUAUUUAAAUGUUUUAAAUAAUAUAUUCCUUCUUUAUAAUGCUAAAUCUAUAUGAGGACCAUAUUUUUAUAUAAGUCAUGGCCUGAUUGGUUUCAUUUUAGAAUUAACAGCUGCUUCAUGAUGUUAUUCAGUGUUAAUGUUUGACUGCAAAUAGAGUAGAUAGUAGUGGCAUGGCAGCACUUAAUGCUAUGUGACAGUAUGGUAUGUCAUAGUUAUAAGUAGUAGGUGGUAGAAUUAGCUGGUUUGUGAUAGUUUUACUUUGGUACAAAUAAAAACUCUAUAUACAAGUAAUAUAUAUAUGUCUACUAGUAUAAUUGCAUUGCUGUGUCUGGCACUUCAUUGUACAGACUUUUGUAAUAAAAGAACUUGAAUGUUCUAA